AUGAGUGUUCAGAGUCUAUUACCGAGGCAAUUGAGACGACUAGCUAUGAAUCUAAACCCAACAAUGUUAAAAUUCCAACCACCUGUGAACAGAAACAUGAGAACUCUCGAUAGAUCGUUCUUCAUCACCAAGGUUCCACUAUGUGUAGUCAGUUUUCCAGAUCCAAGAAAUAUCAGUUUGUUCUCCAAACAGUUUAAGGAUUGCAUUCUAAGAGUACCACGUAUUCCUCACGUCGCAAAGCUGGAAACCUUACCUGGACAAGAUAAUACUAGUAACAAUGAUAACGAUACCGUAAAGAAAGGUGUUUUACUGCACGAUUCAAUCACCAAAGUGGAUGAAUGUUACCAAAAGCUGCCUAAGGAAGCACUAGAGUUUUUAAAAAAUGCAAAUGCAGAGAUUCUGCCGUAUGAGAAAGUGUUAGAGUACGAUUUUUGGAAAACUGAUGAAAUAUUGAGAGCCGUAUUACCGGAAGACCUAUUACAUGAUAUCCCAACAGGUUUCACUGUAACGGGACACAUUGCCCAUUUAAAUCUACGUGAAGAGUUCAAACCUUAUGAUACGUUUAUUGGACAGGUGAUUCUGGAUAAGAACGGCAGAAUUGAGACCGUUGUCGAUAAAGUCAGUUCGAUUGCCACCAAAUUCCGUACUUUUCCCAUGAAAGUAAUUGCAGGCAGAGAUGAUAGUCUUGUAGUGGAACAAAGAGAAUCGGACUGUAUUUUCAAAUUUGAUUUCAGCAAAGUCUAUUGGAAUUCAAGACUACAUACGGAGCAUGAUAGAUUAGUAUCACAAUUUUUCCAGCCAGGACAGAUCGUAUGUGACGUAUUUGCAGGUGUGGGACCGUUUGCCAUUCCAGCUGGUAAGAAAAAAGUGCUUGUACUUGCCAAUGAUUUGAAUCCUGACAGCUUUAAAUAUCUGCAAGAGAAUAUCCAGCUGAACAAAGUGGCACACACGGUGAAACCGUUUGAGAUGGAUGGUGCACAAUUCAUACGUGAAUCGCCACGUCUAGUGGAACAAUGGUCAAAAUCAGAUGGUGGUAAAAUCCUCAUACCGCUAAAUAAUAACAACAGGAGAAAGAGACAGAAGAAAGACGAUCAAAAGACCCUAGAACCACCAGCACAGCACGAAAGAGAGAUCCCGAUCCCACAAGAAAUCAACCACUAUGUCAUGAAUCUACCAGACAGUGCAAUAACUUUUUUGCACCAUUUCAGAGGACUAUUGAAGGGAACAAACAUCAAGAACAUGCCAUGGAUUCACGUCCACUGCUUCGAAAAGCACUCCAAUGACGAGGAGCCGGCAAUGGAGGAACUACAUAAAAGAGUUUACCAAAGAAUCAUUGAUGAACUACAAACGGAUGAAUCAACGCUAGCGAUUACUCAGGUGAAAUUCCACCUAGUGCGUAAGGUGUCGCCAACCAAACCGAUGUUCUGUGCGAGCUUCCAGCUACCCACAGAUGUGGCAUACGCAGAGCAGUAG